CCUGUUGCUAUAAACAGCUCACCAGACAGACAGAAGGUGAGACGAGCUCUAGUGCUCCCAAAGGUAUAACCAAGGUGACUUCAUCGGGUACUUAUACGAUAUUUUGACUGCAAGCGUUCUGCGCUUUGACACCUUUACCUUUUCCUCUGAGGCUUCAGCUCUUCUGACGACGUGCCUGUUUUUGCUUGGGCAUCCGACAAACUUUGGAUAGAAAACUCGCAGUAAAGGAGAAAUAAUAACAGACAACAUGAAACUUGAAGUAUUCUGUGGAAACCACCACUAUGAGGUGAAAUCUGCUGAGCUGUGCAGCGAUGCCGAGAACAGCGUCCGCUCGCCUGUCUCCGGUGAGGAGGAGUUGGGUUCGGAUGGGGACUGUGUAGCGCACAGCCCGCCACCUGUCACACCGGGCGCAGAUGGCAAAGGCAAACCGUACACGCGGAGACCAAAACCUCCAUACUCUUACAUCGCACUGAUUGCCAUGGCUAUCCGUGACUCAACGUCGGGGCGUCUGACUCUGGCGGAGAUCAAUGACUAUCUGAUGAAAAAGUUUCCCUUUUUCCGGGGCAACUACACCGGUUGGAGGAAUUCGGUGCGCCACAACUUGUCACUGAACGACUGUUUUCUGAAGAUCCUCCGGGACCCGUCUAGACCAUGGGGAAAGGACAACUACUGGAUGCUGAAUCCUCACAGCGAGUACACCUUCGCUGACGGAGUGUUCCGACGCAGGAGAAAGCGAAUAAACAAAAAGACAGGCAAAGAGCAAGACCUGUCUGACCAUGCUACCGACGAGGACGCGCAACUCACCACAAUACCCACACCACCAGCCAACAGUGCCAAGUUCUCCAGUUCCUUCGCCAUAGACAGUAUCCUCAGCAAACCGUUCAAGAGACAGGAAUGGGCAGAGGAUUCUCCCACCGUUGGUGCAUUACCGUGGCCCAGUUACACUCAGCUGAUGCCACACAUUGUGAGAGGACCACCUGUCUCCUUACCACUUCACGCCCAGUCGAUGUUCCAUGUUGACUCAUACGCUGCGCAUGUCCUGAGGGCAUAUGGUGGUGGAUUGUACUGAGAUGGUAAUCGAAAAGACAGUUUCGCAGCUCUGAAAUUUACAUAAAAGGGCUCAUACAUUUACCAGAUCAUCCCAGCAGUUGCAGCGCUGGCUACUCCAGGAUCUGACGUUUACCACCCAUUCAAAAUAGACAGCAUGCUGUCGUAAUGAACUCGAGGGGUGUGGCAAAUGGAAUGAAAACACUGGGUUGGCAUUUGUGUACUUUGACAGUUAUUGUGUACCAACAAAAUGCAUUUUAUUUCAUUGCCUUAUAUUUCGACAAAAUCACAGAGCAUGGUAUUUUUUAUAUAAUCUGGAAUUUUUUGUAUGGAAUCGACGCACCCUGUGGGGAGGAGUAGGCUUUAUUUCGUUGCUUUGAGGUUCUAUGGUAAUUUCCCAUUAAACAAUAGCAUUUUUGUGCUAUACAGUGUACAUACAGUUGAUGAUGUAUAGAUUAUAGGCUAUUUAUGUUGUUGGUUUGUUGAAAAUGUUGUUACUGAAUUUUCGAAUCACUUGACCUUCAAAUCAUGCUGUUUAGGGUAACUUGGGGUUAAACAACCCCUCCUGUAAUUCUCACAGAAACCACUUUAUGUCACAAAAAAAGUAAACACUUUCCCUGGAUGCCAGUAGUCUUGCUCAACUAAAAAUGUAAUGUCUCAUCAACUUUUUUAGUCACUUCAACAAAACGAUUUUGAGUUUUAUUUAAUUCUGCCCGCUUAUUUCCCUUCAAAAUGUGUUUGCCUAAGGAUAGCCAAUAUGCAAAUAUCUAAAUAUUACCAAAACUUUGCUUUUUUUCUGUCAGAAAAUAGACAUUUCCAUUAAGGGGGUGUUUCCCUCCAAGUUACCCUACAAUACUUGUGAUCAAGUCGAGCAGUUUGUAUAUGUUUUAUUUUUUUUAAACACAAUACAUAUUUUUUAUAAAUUG